AUGCAGAUCAUGGACUUGCAAACACAACUUGAUCAGCUCGCGGAUCACAAUCAAUCUCUUGAGGAAGCAAGGCUUAGGGCCGAAGAAACCUUGCAGGCUCAACAACACCAGCGCCAGGUCGACGAGCAACUUGUCCAGGAAGCAGUCGAAGCACGUGAUCGCCAGAUUCACCAGCGAGACAUCGACAUCGCGCAACUCAAGGAUACGCUACAGCGGCUGCAGGAAGAAAUUGCGAGACUAACAGAGCUCAACAACACCCUCACAGAGGCGAACCGUCAUCUCACGAACGAUGCCAAUGAGCGCUACGCACAACUCCAAUCUGAAGGUCAGCUGGUUCAUCAACAAUGGCAGACAUCUCAAAGAGAACUCGACACUUUGCGAUCGCAACAUCGCCAACUUACCCAAGGAAUGGAAGGUGCCCUUCGCGAAGAGAUUGGUGCUGCACUGGACGAACGCAAUGCAGAGAUCAGCCGCUUGGAGAGGGAGCUAUCGAGCGCAAGAGAGCAAAUCAAGAGCCUGCAAAAGCAGAUCCUUGCGUCGAAGAAGCCCAGCGAGAGCUUCCUCACCAUUCGAGACGAGGACUACUUCGACAGCGCUUGCCAGCAACUUUGCCAACAUGUCCAGCAGUGGGUGCUGCGGUUCUCCAAGUUUUCAGACACCCGCGCUUGUCGCCUGUCGUCUGACAUCCAGGCCGAUGCUCGAAUGGAUGCCGCGACGCGCGAGAAGAUCGACAAACGUCUGGAUAAUGCCAUCCUCGAUGGCUCGGAUGUCGAUUCACUUCUCGCAGACCGCGUCAAGCGACGAGAUGUGUUCAUGUCGAUCGUCAUGUCGAUGAUCUGGGAGUAUGUCUUCACACGCUACCUCUUCGGCAUGGACAGAGAACAACGACAGAAGUUGAAGUCGCUAGAGAAGACAUUAUCAGAAGUUGGCCCACCCCGCGCUGUCGCCCAAUGGCGCGCAAUAACCCUGACCCUCCUCUCCAAGCGCGAGCCCUUCAUGCAACAGCGUGCGCAAGACACCGAAGCCGUGGUCCACGAAAUCUACUCCACCCUCUCCACGCUUUUGGCACCGCCCUCCCACCUACAGCAACAAAUCCAAGCCAGUCUUAGAAACGUCAUGCGCCUCGCCGUCGAACUCAGCAUCGAGAUGCGCACCCAGCGAGCCGAGUACAUCAUGCUGCCCCCGCUCCAACCCGAGUACGACGUCCACGGCGACCUGGUCGCGAAAGUAACGUUCAACGCAUCCCUCAUGAACGAGCGCUCAGGCGAGACUACCUCCAAUGACGAACUGGAAGCGAGAGGUGCCAUUGUCAAGGUUGUGCUCUUCCCGCUUGUGGUCAAGAAGGGCGACGAUUUUGGAGAGGGGGAGGAUGAGAUUGUGGUUUGUCCCGCCCAGGUCUUGAUUGCGAAAUCUGGGCGCAAGAAGGUGGUCAGGGUCAUGAGUGGCGCGAUGAGUCUGGGAAGUCGCGCGAGUAGUAAGGGGCGCAGUGCGGUUAGCUUGGCGCCUGAGAGUAGUGUUAUGGAUCUGGAUGAGCCGAACAUGAUUUGA